UAGUUGACUAUGUUGAGUUACAGACUUCAGUAUGGAUAUGUAAACCACUCCCCCUCGUUAAUAUUCCUGUUGUCAUGGUUACGGACCCACGCCCACUGCAUACUGUUACACCUUGCAAUGAGAUUGGACUGGCCGAUUGAUUACAAUGCUAACUUUAUGCAGUUAAAGAAGAGUCUCGUCUCACGAUUGGACACAUUAAAGAGGUCGUCAAGUGAAAGUCAUGUUACGUCGUACCCGUCACCUGUUCACACCUUGUUUGAUAAAGACAUAGUUACCAUGGGAACAGACCAAUUAUCGUGCCUACUACAGAAUAUCAUGGCGUCUCCUACAGUGACAUGCUGAAAGCAGUGGAGGAGGACACACCAGCCAGACACCACCACACAGACACUGGGUGACUAUUUA